UACCACAUAUGUCUCAUUCACAUCUCAAACCAUCCAUAUAAUUCACCAGCGCUCCCAUAUCCCGCCCCGCCGUCCAUCCCAGACGAAUUCUGCACGAACGGUAUACUCGACGUUCGGUUUCCGGAGACUUGCCACUUCGUCCGCCCACAUCAUUCUCCAACACCCGUCACUCGCUCCAUCCAGCUGGACAGCAGCCUAUGCAGCCUGAAUAGCGCAGUACCCCGUCCUGAGAGUGGCCGAUGACUCUACGCCUUACGAAAAUGCCAGAGCGACACGUGCAUGCCGACGAUGGAGCAGGGUGGAGAGGUAAUGGAGACAUAACGUCCCCUUCAAGUGACCACAUGGCUACCUUUUCUCCUCCUCCUCCCCCUCCACACUUUAACCCCCCAGCAGGCUUCCCUGCAGAUUCUCCUUCAGAAUCCAUUUCGCCCCCCGGCAGCGCUACUAUUACCAGUCCCACUAAAUUCCUUCCCGUCGAUACCGCGCCCUUCCGACCAUCCUCUGCUUCCGUACGGCGCAUCUCCACCGAGAGUGUCCCUACGCCUGGGUCAGGGUCAAGCUCUGUCUCAUCCAGUCAGUCUGGCCAUUCUGAGGGAGGAGGUCAUCUGGUCGAGAUGCGUGAGCGUCUUCGUUCCGAAAGCUCGACAUCCUCAACGCCUCCAGGGAGAAGCAGAGCGAGCUCUCAUGCUACUCAGGAGAGUUCUCGCUUGAGUAUAACGAGCAGUAAUGCAUCCACGGAGACUGUCGUUGAUGAUAGCGCUGAGGAGCAACAUUACGAGAGACUCGAUCAGACACGGCGAUUAAGCUCUGGAGUGCUUGCGCGGCUAGAAGAGCCGCCCGAUUUUCCAAUGGAGCAUGCUUGGGAUAGUGUGUGGCCAGCGGUGAGCUCAGUUCACCGGCAUGUUCCGCCCGAACCUGGAUUGUCAAGAUUCCCUACAGCCCCUGUCUCACCAUUUGUCACUCCCUCCUUCUCUCCCGCUGUCAUCGCAACCACCUCUUCAAAUCGAAGACCGACAUCUCCCUGCCUAGAGCCUCACGACCCCGCUUGUCCUAUCAGAUCAAGCGCUCAGUCACCUGGUAUCGGACCUUUCCGAUUUUCGCCGAGGACAGAUGCAAACUCUCCCACCGGUGACCAUCCACAUACUAUUCCGGAUCUGGGAGAUUACGGGAGAAGGCGGUCCAUAUCAUCAGAUGCGUCACUGAUCUCAAAGGCUUCACCCACUGUGGGUGCUAUACCUACCACGACUUCCAAGCACGGCAGAUCCCUUUCCACAUCAUCUCCACAUAGUCCAAAAGCGUUGCCUGCUCAAAAUCAACCUCAGAUACCAUCCUUGUCGGGGCCGGCAAAUCGUUUGACGAAUCCGGGUGCAUCACCUCCGCUCCUACCCAGCUCAGUGUCAUCUUCUUCGUCUCUUAAGACUCGACCUCGGGGCCAUAGCCUUUCGUCGGUGUCGCGAAUCAAGUCUGGCUUAGAACCCCUUACACAGGCUACCAUUCGUUCACCAUCUCCUCUCACAGGCUUUGCACACCCGGCUUUCAACCUUUCUCCUCAUCCAUCCCCUAGAUCAUCUCCUCGAAAUUCCCCGAGGUUUUCCCCUCAUCCGUCGCCCAAGUUCUCUUCACAUACGGAGAUGCAAAAGCCAGUGGCGGGAUCAAUUCAUGAAGCUAUCGAGUCCCUAAGCCCCUCAUCUGUCCUCCCACCGAUUGCUCUCCCUCCGCCCGUCACACAAUCUCAAACUUCGCUAUCACCCACAUCUUCAUCAUCGUCACAUAUCCCAUCCCACCGCUCUCCGUCUCCUCCGCUAUAUGUUCCCCUCUCUCGUCCCGCCAUCUUUCGUCGAGCGAUCUCUGAUUAUGAGAGUAUCCAGCGGCCCAACAACCGUUCCAUUCCAGUGAAUAUUCAGAGGACACUAAGUGACUCGACAGAUACCGACAAGGCGGAUAGGGAUCGAGAUAAGGUUUCCUAUGUCAAGACGCCAGGGGUGACAUACGGGGACAUGCUUGGCCCUGUCAUUGGGGGGGCCUCAAGGUCUAGCGACAGGGAAGUGUGGAAGAGGAAGAGUCCUGGACGAUCACCUCUAUCUCUUCCCUUGCUCAGCCCGAUGAUUAGUGGUGGGGGUGAUGAUGACGAGGUGGUGGAGAGCCCGAUGGCGAUGACUCACGAGGAAAAGGCGGAUCUUGAGCAGGUGCCCGUGGAAAGGAACCCCUCCUUCUCCUUUGGUGGCCGGCAGGAGCAGGGGCAGGCACCGAUUACGCCUGAAGGCCAGGUAGGGAAUCCGUACUUCGAUUGGCCGGGGGAACCGAUCACGCCCAUUCCCUCCUCCCACGGCCAGCUGAACGAGCCGUAUAGCAAUGAAGUCGGUCUCGUAGACGAAGGCGAUGUUCUGCCUACUGGCGAUGCCGCUGGUGCCGCACCUGCCAUUGGCUUUGACGAAGAAGGGCUAAACACGGUCGAGAGAAUCUUCCUCCUGAGUAGGGCCGAGUAUCCCUUUCAUCGUGCAUACAUUGCGCGGGUGCUUGGUGACUUGUUGAAUGAAGUUGACCCAUGCGAGAGCGUGGAGUAUGUGCUUCCAUUGUUGAGCGGUUUGUCGAUGGAUGAGGAUGAGUCGGUCAAGGAGGCAUUUGCUCAGGAACUGCAUAGGAUUCUGUGGUACUUUUACUCAACUUGCAAGCUGCAGUUGGACGAGGUCGAAGGGCAGGGAGAGUAUGGGGUGGAUCAGCAAGGGAUGAUGGAGCAAGUAGAGCAGGCAUACGAGCAGGGACAGCAAAGCGUUGGAACAGAGGACGCAACUCAAAAUGCAAGGGUGGAUGAGAGCGAUAGCCUCUCUCCAGCCUUUAGCCCUGAAGCCAACUCUUUUAGCUCUGCGCCUGCUUCUCGCAAGGAGACUGUCACCAUUACCUCUGAAGGGGUCAGUGUCGUUCCCGAGCCGACUCCUGCAGAAAUCGAUGCAGACUCUGUCGUGGUCGACGUUACCCCAUCCCAUCGCCAGUCACUCAACUCUUCAGGUAGUGCGACACAGUCUAGCUCUGGUUCCAGUCGUCCAAUGGGGUCAUCAAAUAUAUCAUCUGGGGAUGAUGCGUUCGAUUACAGUACCCCCAGCUCGUCAGUAUCUAAUGAGACGGCGUAUAGUCCCGGUAUGUUUAUUAACCCGCAUGCUGACGACGAGGAUGGACAAAUUGUCAAAGAGGGCGUAUUGGUCGACCGACCAGCUCUGCAAGUGAGCUUCUUCACUCCGCUUAUUGGAUCCUUACUUCUCAGCCAAAACCCCGUCGUCUCUGAAUCGGUUCGCAACGGUGUUGUUAAUAUCCUUGCUCGUCUUCGCGGUCAGGGCGAGUUAACGGUCGAAAUGUGGGGCCAAUCAGUGCUACAGCCCGAACCUGACGAAAGACGGACCUUCCAGACCCAGAUGGGCCCCCAUCAACACGAUCUCCGACCCUUCAUGCCUGAAGAUAAGCUCAUGGUUGAGCGUGAGCUCUUGCAAAACAUCAUCAUUGGUAUGGGUAACCUCUCAACCGACACUUCAGAGAUGGAUUUUGGAGAUUCUGAGGCGGCUGAGGACCAAGAGGCUUUCCAGGCACAACUGAUCCAGGAAGCCAUUGCAGGUCAGGCGACGAGCAUAAAUCUAAUUGGCGCAGUAUGCGAGUCGUAUAAGGAAGAGGAAGUGCUGGAGCAUGGAUUUGUAGAUGAACUGUUGAGGGCUGGGGAUGGGGAUGGUAUUGUGAGGGCAGAAGCGGCGGUGGCAAUGAGUUCUUUGGCAAAGAUGGCGCCAGUGGAGCAGGUGUACAGAAUGAUCCCCUUGUUCGAACAACUCUGCAAUGAUCAGUACGAUCAAGUCCGACAAUCUGUUUGCAUGGCUGUCCCUGCACUUUGCAAACGUAUCGAAUCACUGGAUUACCGUCGAGAGUUUGCUAUCAAAUCGAUUCAGGCUUUGACUAGCGCUAGUGAAGAUGUGCGGAUGUCGGCGUUGGAGAUGCUUGGUGAAACAAUCUACAUUUUCCAUGAGGAUCCAAGAGGACCACCAAAGGAGUUGUUAGAUAUCUAUCUGGAUGAUUCAGAAGUUGGGGAUGGGAUCACAGAUUCGGAUUGGGACACCAUUGCCAUGUUCAAUUUCCCUGGUGUAUGUUUGACUUUGGGACCUGAUAGAUGGCACGAGUUACGUGGCCUUUUCGGUCGUCUCCAAGCGCGAGCCGGUGAAAAAGUCACGGCUACCACCGCUGCCUGUCUUCAUGAGCUUGCAAAAAUCCUCACCCCUUCUCAGGUCGCUGAAGAUCUUCUACUAGUUUAUUCAACUUUACUCAAAGGGAACGAAGAGAUCCGUGAACGCGUCUUUGAGCAUGUUGAAGUUAUCAUCGCUUCUGUCCCCAGGGAAAUUGGCUGGAAACUAUUCCAGAAUCUGGCGCACUCUUGGUAUGAAGGGACGCUGGGUGGAUGGAGGGCGAGGGAAAAGUUGGCGUGGCGCAUACCAAGCUUUCUGCGGACUUUUGCAGGUUGGGAAGGCCAGGAACAGGUUUUGGAAAUGAUGAAGGCUGCGCUGUUGGAUCCGUUUGCUGCUGUGAGAGAUGGGGCUACCAAUGGUAUUCCCAAAUCAUACGAAGUCAUUUCUGAAGACCCAAACUCACACAUCGCGUAUAUCUUCCGCUCUAUCCUUCUCGACCUUGGCGCGUCACCUUCCUUCAAACAGCGACUUACAUUCGUCCGGUGCCUCAGAGAGUUUGUGAAACCGCCGCCAAAUCGUAAUGCUUUCGAAGAAUUUUUUCUCCCCCAACUGUCUCGUCUUGCUCGCGACGUGAUUGACAUUCGUCUCAGUUUAGCACAAAUUAUCGCCGAUCUGUUCGUCGUAGGCGCAUACUAUGCCGAUGUUGCUCAGGGUAUCCCUCAAAAAAUUCGAGAGCUCGCCACGGUUUUGGCAAAGGACGAGGCUGUAGACGUACGCGAUACCGUUCGAAAGGUCGACUUGAACAGACUUGAAAAGGGUAAAGGCGUACCGUACGAGAUUGAGGAUUCAGGUGUUCCCAAUCGAUCUGUGAAGCCUGACAAUAUGGAUGGGUCAACGAUAUCAGACAAGGCACCUAAUUCCCGAAAUGGCGCCGUUGGCAGUACUGGUAUGCCGUCGACCGGAUCGACAACAGCCUCCAUCCGGGCGUCAGAAUCCAGUGACAGCUCUGCUGUCACCUCUGCCUCUCUGUCGCGUUCAUCGUCAUCGCAGUCUUCGGUGUCGACAAAUAAUACACCUACGCGCAGCUGUUCACCUCACAUACCAAUCCGCCAAGCAACCGAGGAUCUUCCUCAUGAUAAAUCAGAAUCUUCUCACACCUCGGAGGAUCUCAACGAGGAAGUGACCCCAACAUUGACUCAGAAAGAAUGGUUUGGAGAGCAGAGUAUGAAGGAGGAAGAUCCAUUUGCUGUGUCGUUCAAAAAUGUGGCAUCCGAACCUGGCAAUUUGUAGUCAUGGUAAGGCGAAGAGCUGGGGGAGAAGCAAGAGAGACGAUGUCGUGUCACAAUAUGAUAAGAAGCACUUUGUAUCGUUUAUAGCGCAUAUUUCUGGUUUUCUUUACACUUUCUAUUUCUAGGGAUCGACUACAGUCUGGCUUGCAACGUACUUAUUAUUAUUAUCGGUUCUUUUACACAUUUUACAGCAGCAUAAUUAUUCCAGUAUUGUAGUCGAUUAAACUCUUUAGACUCUUCCGUAAUAACGGUAGAAAAACCUUUAUGUACAAUGCAGAAAGCGCCCAUAGUUUCAAAAAU